AUGGAGGACUUCAGUGGACAGGAGAGGCCACAAUAUGGCAUCUCGCCGGGGAAACGUGAUGUGGACACGCGGGAAGACCAGUGUGCAAGGACGUGCAGUGUGCAGGGUCGGGAGCGCCACAGAGCUGUGAAUUUGAGGUUUUCUGAUGCAACUUUCAUUCCUGUGACCUUCAUUUUCAGGCCAGUGACAGCCUCCCGGGGAGCCCCGCCUCUGUGGGUGAUGGCCCUUGCCGCGUUUGCAGUCUUGGCAGUCAUUGGAGUAACUGUUGGUCUCUUGGUUCAUUUUCUGGCAGUAGAAAAUAAAACCUACUAUUACCAAGGUAGUUUCAAAGUGUUGGAUAUUCCAUAUAAUAGAAAUUAUGAAAGAGAGACAUCACCAGAAAAUAACUAUCUUAGUAAAAUCCUUGAAACUAAAAUGGCUGAUGCGUUUCAAAGUUCCAGCAUCUACAGACAGUACAUCAACUCUCAAGUCAUCACACUGCUUCCCGAGAGCAACACUCUGACAGCAGAGGUGUGGCUGGUAUUCAAGAGUCCUCAGUCAAAGAAGGAGAACACAAGGAGAAGAAUCGAAAGCGUCUUACAGCAGAUGCUGAGGAACCAAUCAAGAUCCUUGACUACAGACCCCAGUUCUCUUAAGCUCACGGAAAUCAGUAAAGUUGAUGCUGAAAAGAUUAUCAACAAUCGCUGUGGGAGAAGACCAAGGAUGUCAGCUACCUAUGACAGAAUCAAAGGAGGCUCCACAGCUCAGGAAGGAGAAUGGCCAUGGCAAGCAAGUCUCAGUAUGAAUGGUCGACAAUACUGUGGGGCAUCCCUGAUCAGUGAGAAAUAUCUGAUAACUGCGGCUCACUGUUUUAAAAAUACAGAUGAUCCAAAAAAGUUUACAGUUAGCUUUGGCACUAGAGUAAGCCCACCCUAUAUGACACACUAUGUUCAACAAGUUAUUAUUCAUGAAAACUAUAUCAAGGGGGAACACCAUGAUGAUGUUGCAAUCAUAGUGCUCACUGAAAAAGUGUCAUUCAAGAAUGAUGUCCAUCGAGUUUGCCUCCCUGAAGCCACACAGGUCUUUCCACCAGGCGAAGGUGUUGUUGUUACAGGAUGGGGCGCACUUUCCCAUGAUGGUAAACAUCCAUUGCUACUUCAGAAGGCAUCUGUGAAAAUUAUUGACUCAAAAACUUGUAAUGCUAAAGAAGCUUAUAAUGGUUUGGUAUUGGACACAAUGCUAUGUGCUGGUUAUGAGGAAGGAAAUAUCGAUGCCUGCCAGGGUGACUCUGGAGGACCACUUGUUCAUCCCAACUCUCGAGACAUUUGGUACCUUGUUGGCAUAGUGAGCUGGGGAGUUGAAUGUGGCAAACCCAAUAAGCCAGGGGUCUAUAUGCGAGUGACUGCCUACCGUGACUGGAUUGCCUCCAAGACGGGUCUCUAA